AUGUUCUCUCUUCUUGUAUUAAUCCUUCCUGUCAGUUGUGUGGUCAUUCCUCUCUCUCAAGUUGAAGACUCUGCUACUAAGCUCUUGCUUGAUGUCGCCCCAGUAGAGCUGGAUGUCGCCCUGGCAGUUCAUGAACCGCUCAAUACAACAAGCCUAGCAAUCAUUGGCCCCCGGGACGCCCGCACCAAUCCACCGUGCCCACCUGGGCAGGUAUUCGACCGAUCAAUCUGUUAUACAUCCGGGAUCAUAUCUCGCUAUUGUAACACGGUUCCUCAAAGUCCAAAUGGGGACAGAAAGGAAGUUUUUUGUGCCAACAACGAAGUCUGUGUGCAGCGCCUGCUGAGCAACGGCAAACCUUUUGCAGAUUGCCAGCUAAUCAGUUCACUUAUACAAUGGAGGACAGACCCAAUUGGGUCAAAGGAAGGCUGUACUACUGCAAGUAGUAAGCGAGGGAAAACUCACGCAAUGGGAACGAUUGUGUAUGACAUUAAUGAGCAUCCUAUUCAAGUUGGCAAGAUUAAGUACUUUGGAGAACCUGGCGAUGUGCCAAAAGGUACUAGUGGAACAACAAAUAACUUUGCUAGCGAAAGCUGGGAUUUUGAUAAUGGACACUUUAUGCGCAUUUGUAUUACUUCUAUGGGUAAUGGAAACCUAAAUGCCUUUUCUUGGCUUAUUUAA